AGCGGGGCCAAACCCAGCUGCGGCCGCGGCCUCCUUCUCUCCGCGCCCCCCCACCCGCCGGCGCGGAGUUGGCGGCGGCGGCUUCGGGCUCUGUCCCCGCGUCCCCCCUCCGCGACCCCGCCCGGCCCCGCGCCCCCGGCUCGCGCCGCUCCGGCAGCGCCGCCUCCGUCCGCGGGGCCCGGGCCGUGCCGGGGGAGGAGGGGGAGCAGCGCCGCCGCCGCCGCCGCCGCCGCGGGCGGGCCCGUCCCCCAGCGCCCCCCCCGAACACCAUAGGCGGCUCCGGCUCCAAGAUGUCCAACCGGGUGCUCUGCCGGGAGGCCAGCCACGCCGGCAGCUGGUACACGGCCUCAGGACCCCAGCUGAAUGCACAGCUAGAAGGUUGGCUUUCUCAAGUACAGUCCACAAAAAGACCUGCAAGAGCCAUUAUUGCACCCCAUGCAGGAUAUACUUAUUGUGGAUCUUGUGCAGCCCAUGCUUACAAACAAGUGGACCCCAAUAUCACCCGAAAAAUUUUCAUUCUUGGGCCUUCCCAUCACGUGCCCCUCUCCCGAUGUGCACUUUCCAGUGUGGACAUUUACAGAACACCUCUGUAUGAUCUUCGAAUUGACCAAAAGAUUUAUGGAGAGUUGUGGAAGACUGGAAUGUUUGAGCGCAUGUCCCUCCAGACAGACGAAGAUGAACACAGUAUUGAAAUGCAUUUGCCUUAUACUGCUAAAGCCAUGGAAAGCCAUAAGGAUGAGUUUACUAUUAUUCCUGUGUUGGUCGGAGCACUGAGUGAGUCAAAAGAGCAGGAAUUUGGAAAACUCUUCAGUAAAUACCUAGCUGAUCCUAGUAAUCUCUUUGUGGUUUCUUCUGACUUUUGCCAUUGGGGUCAGAGGUUCCGUUACAGUUACUAUGAUGAAUCCCAAGGAGAAAUUUAUAGAUCCAUUGAGCACCUAGAUAAAAUGGGUAUGAGCAUUAUAGAGCAGCUAGAUCCUGUAUCUUUUAGCAAUUACUUGAAGAAAUACCAUAAUACAAUAUGUGGAAGACAUCCUAUUGGAGUGCUAUUAAAUGCUAUCAACGAGCUCCAGAAGAAUGGAAUGAAUAUGAGCUUUUCAUUUUUGAAUUACGCUCAGUCAAGCCAGUGUCGAAACUGGCAAGACAGCUCAGUGAGUUAUGCAGCUGGAGCACUCAUGGUCCACUGAACUGCUGAAUGCUCAGGGAUGGCACCUGCACACACUCUGUAUACGGGGUCCCAGCCUAGCCCUUACAAAGAUACAGUCCCUGGUCUUUGGGUAUACUGAAACCUCAAACUAAUAGAACUCUGUUCUUUUCUAGUAGGUGUAGUCCUUCCUUAGUUUCAACUCAUUUAAGAAUGCUUUCUUGUUUAGGACAAUGGAAGGAAGACUGGUAUCAGAGCUUUUUGUGAGAGUUUUUUUUUUUUUUCUUUGGAAAAGAUAAUGGCUAUGAAGGCAUGGUGGUAGACUGUCCUUAAAAAUAAAACAUGUAAAGCAUUUACCAUAUCCUAAAUUUGCACUCUUUGCAGACCUGUGCACAUAUACUCAGCUUUCAGAAUAGUUUUGCAAGUUGUAAACGGAAAAAGCGGGGAAAAGGGGGUGGAAGCUUUUUAAUAAAAGAAAAAAAAAAAAGGAAAACAACGCAUUUAUAAAUGAUUCUGUAUUAGAAUAUAAUAAAACUUCAGUAUAGUCAGUUACUACCCGUGAUGUACAACAGAUAUCUUCUAUUUUAGUUGCUAAUAAAGGGCUACACAAACCAAAA